UAAACCUCGAGAUAUUACGCUGGAGGCUGGUCACUAAAUAAUGACAGAGUGAGUGCUCUCGUUCGGCAUAGAGGAUCUUUGUCCUCGGGUAAGCACCAGUAGGAAGGCGCCUUUCGACGGAAGGCAGCCGGAGUGCAGUGGACUAACAGCGGACCCUCCAUGGACAGGACGGCCGUGGUGAAGGUCGGAGCCGCGGCCAGCGCCAGCGUCUGUGCCCUGUUCGGCGGCGUGGUUCUGGCCCAGUACAUCGUCGCCAAGAAGAAGCGGGCGGGCAAGAAAACCAGGAUCAUAGAAAUGAUGCCUCAGUUUGAGAAGUCGACGGUCCACAUGAGAGACCCUGAGAGGGUGGAGCAGAUCAUCUGUGGCCUCAUCAAAGGAGGAGCUUCCAAACUACAGAUCAUCACAGACUUCGACAUGACGUUAAGCAAGUUCGCUAUCAACGGCAAACGCUGUCCGUCGUGUCACUAUAUCAUUGAGAACUGCAGACUGGUGUCAGAGGAGUGCAGACAGAAGCUGCUGCAGCUCAAGAAUAAAUACUAUCCCAUCGAGAUCGACCCUCAUCUCACUAUGGAGGAGAAAUACCCAUUCAUGGUGGAGUGGUAUUUCAAGUCUCACACACUGCUUGUGGAGCAGCGGAUAGAGAAAGACAAACUGGCAGAUAUGGUGAGAGAGUCUGACGCUGCACUCAGGGAAGGCUAUGAGCAGUUCUUUGACCGCCUGCAGCAGCACGAUGUACCCGUCUUCAUCUUCUCGGCUGGCCUGGGCGAUGUCCUGGAGGAAAUCAUCCACCAAGCCGGAGUCUACCACCCCAACAUCAAAGUCGUGUCCAACUUUAUGGACUUUGACGAAAACGGCGUCCUGAAGGGUUUCAAAGGCGAGCUGAUCCACGUGUACAACAAACACGACGGCGCCCUGCGGAACACGGACUACUUCAAACAGGUGAAGGACUACUCCAACAUCAUUCUAAUGGGGGACUCGCUGGGGGACCUCAGCAUGGCCGACGGCGCGCCCAACGUUGAGAACAUCCUCAAGAUCGGCUACCUCAACGACAAGGUGGAAGAGCGGCUGGACAAAUAUCUGGACUCUUAUGACAUCGUCCUGGUGAAGGACGAGACUCUGGAGGUGCCCAACGCCAUCCUCCAGAAGGUUCUAUAACUCUACGCUCAACCCCCCCCCCACACACCCCAAGGUCCACUCCUCUCCUACCAUCAGCGCCAAUUCCAGCAUUUGGACCUUUCAGACACCAACCUAAACCAUUUUGUCGAUUGGUCCAACCCCUCCUCUAGCUCUAGAUCCCUCACCCCCCACUCCCACCAAUCUCGCUCUUGAAAACCCCUUUUUCCCCAAGCCAUCUCCUGAAUGAACAGUUUUAAAAGUCCCCACAGCAGCAUCAGCCUGUCUCUGGUGUGUUUUGUCCAUUUGAAUUGUUUCUGAUGUUCUCUCAAAGAAUAACCAAAAAGAGAAGUAAAAACCCACAAACUAUCACUCCAUCUUUAUACCUUGCACCUUGUGGUUGCCAUUGUUGGAUUAGUUUUUUACAUGGUAAUUAUUGUAUACCAGAAAGCAGGCACCUACCGACCGACAGUGUUUUCUUUGAGCUGUCCCAACGUGUCCGUCACCUCGGUUCCUCUGAUUCGGUGCCUCUGGUCAGACAAGGAAAAGGAGGCCGUUGUCACACAUAAAACACCUGCAUCUGCAAACGCUACGUCAGCGCUUUUGCGGGUCCUUAGAGUAAUUCAGUACAUGCAGGACCUAGGAAAAAUUAAAUUCCUAGUCAAAAUUACAAUGUGUUGCAAGGUGACGGCAGCAACACAAUAACCGCUGUAUUCGUUUUACUAGGAAAAUGGAUUCAGAUUGUCAACGUGAAACUCAGAUGAUGAGAGGAAACGCACUUUAAAUUCUGUGUACGGGGGAAUCGGCCUUUACACGAACAUAUGUGGCAAUAAUUUUGAUUUGUGGAUGUAGGAACACAGAAAAGCCAUGUUUACGUUAAUGAAAGCUUUUUUUUUUAAAUUUAACCUAAUGUGCUCAUUUGGCAUCAUAUCAACACAUAGAAGAAGGUGCAGCUCUGUACUGUUGAAACAUUCAUGCCAUUUUGAAUUUGUGGACUUUUCUGCAAAGCUGGCUCAACAAUCAAGUGUUCUCCACGCCAGGGUUUAAGGUUUACCUAAUUUCCCCUUGCGGGACUAAUAAAUAAAGUAUACAUAUUGAGGUAUUGAGUAAGUAAUACUAAAGAUGACCUCUGGUGGUCAUUAAAAAGAAUUACACCAGUAAAAAAACAGCCUUGAACCAAAGUAAUAGGUGCUGCAAAAUCACUACAUUACAAUAUAUCUAAAGUUAUAUUAAGUAUAGUUUAGUUUCAGUACGCAGAAGGCAACACACUGCUGUCCAUGGCUCAAUAAAACCCAGCAUAGGACCUAUUUCAUUUCAUCGCCUUUUAAUUCUGUGAUUAAAAUUGAGUCGUACCUCUAACAUAAUUCUCCUAGUUUUUUUGGCAGGGGUAUUCAAAGUUAAGAUGUCACUAUCUCCCUUUAUCUCACCAUGUUGUGUUGAAUGUUCUCUUUGACUUUUUGUUUUAAAUGUGCUGCUACUUGCAUGUUGCCUUUUCUUAUCGUUUAUGUAAAAGAAAGGGGAAUAUAUAUAUAUAUAUCUUAAUAAAAUGAAGAAAAGUAAUGUCAUACUGUAUAUGUGGCCGUUAUAUAUUUAAAUGUGUAUUGUAUUAUUGCGUUUGGAGAGAUCUCCUAAAGUAUAGACCGGUGUGUUGUAUUUUUAUAAGUAGAUGGCUUUCUGUUUUUCUUUGAUGGUAUGAUUUAAAAAAAAAAUACAAUAAAAUGUCAUUCGGUGAGCCAUGACUGGAUCACAGACAAACA